CAAACUUCACAAAGAGUACAAAAGUUGUCAACAAUAUUUGGGCAUUCGUUACACGUAAAAGGCAAUACAUAUAAUGUAUCAAGCUAUCAGCACGGCGACUCCAGCAAUGCCUGUAAUAUUUCCCUCUUCAUGGACGCGACCUGUAAUCCUCCCUCUCCGGAGUGUAAAGACCUUCAAGCCUCUCGCAUGCCUCAAAUUAAAAGGAGAAAAAAGAAUGAGUGGGUUCCAUGAAACUGAACAUAAAGUUCGUGAUUAUGAAUUGGAUCAGUUUGGUGUUGUGAACAAUGCCGUUUAUGCCAACUACUGCCAACACGGUCGACACGAGUUCAUGGAGAGUAUCGGUAUCAACUGCGAUGAAGUAGCCCGUUCUGGUGAAGCCUUGGCAAUUUCUGAGUUUUCAAUCAAAUUCCGUGCACCUUUACGAAGUGGAUUCAGAUUUGUGGUGAAAACUAGGAUAUCAGGAGUAUCUGUGGCGCGUAUCUACUUUGAGCAAUUCAUCUUAAAACUGCCUGAUCAAGAGCUUAUUUUGGAAGCGCACGGAACGGGUGUGUGGCUCGACAACAACUACCGUCCUGCCCGAGUCCCAUCUUAUAUACGCUCUAAUUUCGUUCAUUUUCAACGCCAAGAAGUCGCUGUUCACUCCUAAUUUUGUUCACAUCCAAUAAGUACUGUCUUGCCUGCAUUCAUAUGUUUUUUUUUUUCAAAUAAGGAAGAGGUUCUAAAUCUAGAUUCCUACAUUCUCUCAUUCCAGAGAAUAGAAAAUGCCAUUCGAUUUGAAGAUUUCUAAAAUUUAUCUGAAAGUUUUAUAAAUUGAGUUAUUGAUAACUUAUUCUUGUAUAUUAUUUUA